UCUAUCUUCCCCUCCCGCAUCAUAGAGCAGCCAGGCAAAAACCCUAGCGCUCCUAUCCACCGCGACUACGAACUACGUAGUCGAGGUCCUGCUGUCUUGGGCACCGAGGCCCUUGACAUAAACCAUCUACUGGGGUGAUCUUCUGCUGCAAUAUGUUACGAGUCCCUCACCAGUUCUGUUAUAUCAUCUGAUUAAAUUGUUACUCAGAUAUUAAAGAAACUGGCUAACGUGUUUGCUCACCCCAUUCACAAACAUGGAGGCAAGUGCCUGUCGUGCCCAAGUUUAGGCAAGAGUGGCUGCACAUGUGGGGUCUGUUGAAGUAUAUGUGGAACCUACAGUUACUCCCUCCGUCCAGGUGUGUAAGUCAUCUUACGAAAAUCAGGGCUCAAAUUUCAGUAUGGGCCCACCAAGUACUAGUUGAGAUUUCAGAAGGAAGGCUUCAUGCAGGUUUGUGGCGUUCAGUUGAGCUCAGCAACAUCUCGCUGCGCGAGAAUCAUGGUCGCCAUUUGGUGGAUCUUAUGAGUAUGCUGGACAUAGCUGUUGCAUCUCUGGGAGUCAAAGACCGUUAUGUAGAGUACAAUGCUGUCAGGUGCCACCUUCUACUAGAAAUGUAGCUCAUCUUCAGAAGUAGGUACUCCAGAAUGCACUGGAUGCUAAAUAUA